AUGACCUCGCCGGCGUCACCUGGCCCCCCCAGUCGACCUCGCCGGCGCUCCCCCCCCAGGCCACCCCCCAACAUGACCUCGCCGGCGUCACCUGGCCCCCCCAGUCGACCUCGCCGGCGCUCCCCCCCCAGGCCACCCCCCAACAUGACCUCGCCGGCGUCACCUGGCCCCCCCCAGUCGACCUCGCCGGCGCUCCCCCCCCAGGCCACCCCCCAACAUGACCUCGCCGGCGUCACCUGGCCCCCCCCAGUCGACCUCGCCGGCGCUCCCCCCCAAGGCCACCCCCCAACAUGA